AUGGACCCGUCGUCUACCAACGACGACGGCGACAACGUCGCCGUGGCCUUUGGGUUGGUGAUUGGUGCGGGGGCGGCGACGGGGCUCGGCGCAGCGGUAGUCUUCGUACCAGCCUUGGUACGUUUGGCGUCACGGAAAACUCUAGCAGCCGCCUUGGGUCUUUCGGCCGGAGUCAUGACGUACGUCUCCUUCGUGGAGAUUUUGGGAAAAGCCCGUACGGCCUUUGUCGAUGCCGGAUACGAAGAAGAUCGGGCCUACAUUUACGCGACACUCUGCUUCUUUGGUGGCGUCGUUCUCAUGGUGGCACUCAAUUAUAUGGUGACCUGGUUGUUGGGUGGGCAUCAUCAUCACCACCACCACCACGAUUUCCCCAAAGACCACAUUACCCACGCGGCAAAGACGCAAGAGAUAACCAACGUGGACGAUCCUUCGGCGCCGCACCCGGCGGACGACAACGCGCCCUUGGCCUGUCCCUGUUGCUCGGACGAUCCGGCCGGGGAUUGGCAAGCCGUCCAAGAUAUGGCCAGCGAAAUCGAAGCCGUGGAAAAAGAUCACAAAGUUUGGGACGGAAUACACGAACCGGAUUCUCGGGCUCGUCCGGAUUCUGCGGACUCGUCACCGCACGCUACUCCUUUUUCAGCCACGACGCAUCACGCAUCAGAUUACGGCGACGACAGUUCACACGAUGCCUUGGCGGAACCCACGGACGAGUCCAAAAAACUCUUACGCAUGAGUUUGAACACUGCGCUGGCUAUUGGAAUUCACAAUUUCCCCGAAGGCCUCGCGACGUUCGUCGCCGCGCUCGGGGAUCCCAAAGUGGGAGCCGUCCUGGCCGUCGCUAUUGCCAUUCACAAUAUUCCCGAAGGUCUCUGUGUCGCCAUGCCCGUAUACUACGCUACGGGCAACCGCUGGAAGGCCUUUGGCUGGGCCAUGCUAUCGGGCAUGUCCGAACCAGUGGCGGCGCUUUUGGGAUGGGCUGUCCUGGCUAGUUCUUUUUCCGAUACCCUGUACGGGUUGCUCUUUGGUAUGGUAGCCGGCAUGAUGGUUGUUAUUUCCACACGCGAACUAUUGCCAACGGCGCAUCGUUACGAUCCAGAAGAUUGCGUCGUGACGUACGCCUUUAUUUCUGGUAUGUGCAUUAUGGCGCUCUCUCUGGUGCUCUUUUUGUUGUAG